GGAAAUAAAAAUCUUUGUUGUCAAUCGGAAACUCAUCCAGUUUUUUUUCGCCACACCUCACUUUUUGUCUGCUUUCUGCAAUCUCCCCUCAAAUGUUUUCAACCGUAUAGAGAGAUAGAGAGAGGCCAAAUCUCACUCACUUCGCCAGAACAGAGGUUUUUGCUCUUCCCUCUUUGUACACAAUUCCAUGAUUCACAAGUGAUAAGACUUUGAUUCUAUCAUACAAGCCAGAAUUAAGGUUUCGCUUUUUGUUAUUGCUGUUGUUGCAGACCACACAAAAAAAAAAACAGCAAGAAUGUUGCCAAAGUUCGAUCCAACAAACCCAAAAGUUUGCAUGUCUCUUUUUGAGGAUGUGACCAGUAAUGCAAAGCAGAUUCAAGAUUCCGUAUUGGAAGCAAUACUUUCACGGAAUGCUCAAACCGAGUAUCUUAGAGGUUACCUCAACGGUCAGCUCGAUAAGCAAAGCUUCAAGAAGAACGUACCUGUUGUGACCUAUGAAGAUUAUCGGUCUUAUAUUGAUCGUAUCGCUAAUGGAGAGUCCUCUGAUCUUAUCUGUGAUCGACCCAUCAGUGUUCUCUUGGUCAGCUCAGGUACUUCAGGAGGAGUUCCAAAGUUGAUUCCUUUGACUACAGAGGAUUUGGAACAGAGGAUAUUGUUUGCAUCUCUCUAUAGACCUCUACUCUCCAAGCACGUUGAAGGGCUUAGCCAGGGAAAAUCUCUCUUGUUUUAUUUCAUGACCCGAGAAACCGAGACUGCCUCUGGUUUGAUGGUCAGGACUAUGAUCACUUGUUUUUUGAAAAGUGUGAACCCAACCAACUCAUUUCUCUGGGAUCAAACACAGAUAAGCCCGCAUCAGAUUUCGUCUUGUGCCGACACUACUCAAAGCAUGUACUGCCAAUUGCUUUGUGGUCUUCUACAACGAGAAAACGUAGCUCGCAUCGGUGCACCUUUUGCUUCUACCUUACUCAAAGUAAUCAAGUUCUUGGAAGAUCACUGGAAUGAGUUAUGCUCGAACAUAAGGACUGGUCGUGUCAGCGACUGGAUCACAGACGCUCAGUGUGUUUCAGGGAUCUGUAAGUUCCUCACAGCUCCAAAUCCAGAACUAGCAAGUCUUAUCGAGCUAGAAUGCAGUAAAACAUCAUGGGAGGGAAUAGUGAAGAGACUAUGGCCAAAUGCUAAAUGCAUCGAAUCUAUCGUUACCGGCUCCAUGGCACAGUACAUACCAAUGCUGGAAUUCUAUGGCGGUGGUCUUCCUUUGAUCUCAUCAUUUUACGGCAGCUCUGAAUGUUUCAUCGGUAUCAAUGUUGAUCCUCUGUGCAAGCCUUGUGAUGUGUCGUACACCAUCAUACCAAAUAUGGCAUACUUCGAGUUCUUAGAGGUAGUGAAAGACCAAGCUGGUCAUGAUCCUGUAGAGAAACCUGUGGUCGUUGAUCUUGUCGAUGUUAAAAUUGGCCAUGAUUAUGAACCUGUUCUCACAACGUUUUCUGGUUUGUAUAGGUAUCGUUUGGGAGAUGUUUUACGAGUGAGUGGUUUCUAUAACAAGACGCCACAAUUUCAUUUCGUGGGAAGACAGAAAGUUGUUCUGAGCAUCGACAUGGACAAGACCUACGAAGAAGAUCUCCUCAAGGCAGUGACAAACGCGAAGCUCCUGCUCGAGCCACAUGACCUGAUGCUCGUCGACUUCACUAGCCGUGUGGAUUCUUGCUCGUUUCCAGGACACUACGUGCUAUAUUGGGAACUCGGGAGCAAAGUCAAGGAUAAGAAGCUAGAGCCCGACCAAGAGGUUAUGGAGGAAUGCUGCUUCACCGUGGAGGAGUCUCUGGACUCUGUGUAUAGAAAAGGAAGGAAAAAUGAUAAGAACAUUGGACCACUUGAGAUUAAAGUUGUUAGGAGUGGCGCUUUCGAGGAGCUCAUGAAUUUAGCCGUGUCUCGUGGCUCUUCUGUGAGUCAAUACAAGACGCCAAGGUCAGUGACGAGUGAAGAAGCCUUGAAGAUAUUGGAGGCCACGGUUGUUUCCAAGUUUGUUAGCCGGAAAACUCCCUCGUGGGAGCUACAUGAGAUGUAUUCCAGCCGAUAAAACCACCGUUACAUAUUUUGCAGAUACUUGAGUCUUGAGGGAAGGGGAAAUAAUAAUGACGAAAAAAAACAAAACCCCUUAACAAGUAUGUAAUCGAAUAUAUAAGCCCAUCACAAUCGUCGAGAAUAAUUCUAUAAAUCGUCCUUUUUUA